AUGGAGAAGCAGCCCUUACCAACUGACAAUGACAGGACGGAGUCAGCAGGUGAAGCUUCCACUGGCGAAGCGCACCAGGAGGAGUUGACCGAGCCUCCCGCUCGAGCCGGCUGGAACAGUAAAGCAGAGUAUUUCUUGGCUCAGGUGGGAUUCAGCGUUGGCCUCGGUAACAUCUGGAGGUUUCCAUAUCUGUGUCAUCAGAAUGGAGGAGGGGCUUUUCUCCUCCUCUAUAUACUCCUCAUGCUGGUUGUGGGCAUGCCAUUGUUCUUUCUGGAGCUGGCGGUAGGUCAGGCCAUUCGGCAGGGCAGCAUUGGUGUUUGGAAGUACAUCUCCCCCCGGAUGGCAGGGAUUGGCUACUCCAGCUGUAUUGUGUGUUUUUUUGUGGCUCUUUACUACAACGUGAUUCUGGCAUGGAGUCUCCUCUACCUUGGAAUGUCCUUUCAGUAUCCGUUACCUUGGGAACAGUGUCCAGAAGAGGGCAACAUAACAGUGAAGGAAUGUGACAAGAGUUCCCCGACGUCGUAUUUCUGGUAUCGGGAAGCACUGGAUGUCACGGACUCCAUCGACGAUGUAGCCACUUUUAAUCCUUAUAUCAUCUGCACUCUGCUGGCUGCGUGGACUAUUGUUUGCUUAGGAAUGUUCAAAGGCAUCAAGUCCUCUGUGAAGGUGAUGUAUUUUUCAUCCAUCUUCCCCUACGUGGUGCUGAUCUGCUUCCUUAUCCGAGGGCUCAUGCUUGAAGGAUCCUCAGAGGGAAUCACUCACAUGUUCUACCCCAAGUUGGAAAUCUGGGGAGAUGUGCAGGUGUGGCAUCAGGCUGCUACUCAGGUCUUCUUUGCCCUUGGCAUUGGCUUUGGGUCCAUUAUCGCUUACUCUUCCUAUAAUCCAAAAAACAACAACUGCCACCGUGAUGUGUUCACUGUCUCCUUCAUAAACUUCUUCACGUCUGUGCUGGCCACCCUGGUGGUGUUUGCCGUGCUGGGCUUCCGCGCAAAAGAGAAGGUCAUGGAAUGUGUCGUCAGUAACGUAAAGCAGCUGUCCCAUCAGAUUGACGGUGGUUAUCUGGAUCAAAACAUGAUACCAAACUUUAACUUCUCACAUCCCGAGUCUGUGGCCCUGACAGACUACAGGACUUGGUUCAGUCACUAUGGGAAUAUUGUCGCAGGCAACAUCACAGACUGUGACCUGGAAAAGGAGAUGCAGCAGGGUGUGGAGGGAACAGGCCUCGCCUUCAUCGCCUUCACAGAAGCUAUGUCACUUCUGCCUGCCAGCCCCUUGUGGUCCAUGCUCUUCUUCCUCAUGCUGCUCAACUUGGGUUUGAGUACCAUGUUUGGCAUGAUGGAGGGCAUCCUUGCCCCGCUCACCGACUGCUUCAAAACUCUAGCCAACAACAAGACCAAACUCACAGUGAUCAGUUGCAUCGUCGGCUUCCUCAUUGGUCUGCUCUUUGCCCAGCAUUGCGGAAACUACUUUGUGAUGAUGUUUGAUGAUUAUUCCGCCACGUUGCCUCUUAUCAUUGUGGUGAUUUUUGAGACAUUCACUGUGUCCUGGUUGUAUGGUGCUGACAGAUUCCUAAAUGACAUUGAGGCCAUGCUGGGUUGGCGUCCCAGUGUGGUGUACAAGUACCUGUGGAAGUACAUCUGCCUGCUGGCUAUGCUGGGGCUGCUGAUGGCCACCACAGUCCAUAUGUGCAUCACAACACCAACAUACAAAGCCUGGAAUAAAGAGAUGGCGUCUGAGAUUACCCUGCUGUACCCUGGCUGGGCUCUGGCUGUUUUGUCUUUACUGAUCAUAAUCGCCAUGAUGCCCGUCCCGCUGGUCCUGAUUCAUUCUCUUCUUAAGGACCGCAUGAGGAAAGCCUCAAGAGAUUCAGAGAUUGGUCAGUACAGAACUGUGAGCACGGAUAACAAGUGUGACACUCCCAUGACUGACAUGUCGAAACUGGACCAGGGAAACGGGACAACAGCUUAAUUUUCUUCGUAAACGUUUGACAGGAUGGGAAAAUGGCCCUCACUGAUCUGUUGAUGGACGAUUAACUUAUUUCAGUAUUUGGAGUAAAGACGCUGCACAGAGAGCAGGUUUGUGUU